UAACCUCGUUGUUUACGUUCCAUAAUUUUACCUUGUCGUUUAAGGAUUAAUAACAAUAGGGAAGGCUGCAAUCUCGUGAAACGAAGUCGUACCCGUGUCAAGCCAGAAAAUUGUCGAUAUAAAUAAUGACAAUAUCUUCGUGCAUGUACGCGAGCCUUCAGUUCUGUCUGAUUGUGCUUUUCUCAUUAAAAAAAAAAAAAAACAUUUCGGAUUAAUUUUUAUUUCGCCAAAUUAGUCGAUUAAUCGUGGUUUCCAGCAUUGAUAAAUCUGUCGUUGCUCGCAAUAAAAUCAAAUAAAAAUUACGCAUGACUCGAACAGACGCAGCGUCGUGCAGCUGUUGAAUGUCGGAGGAGAGGCACAACUUGAUCCUCCGCAGAAGAUCCGAGAGAAGUUGUACCUGCGGAUGGGAGGUAAAGUUUGGUUACGGCGUGGCUUUCACGCUGGCCGUCUUCGAGGCGAAACGCCUCCUCGUGUUCGCCUUGGAGAUAUUUGCGGAGUGGCAGGUGAUCCGUUUCGCAGGUGGUUUCCAGCCGGUUGCUCUCACCUUGACGGACGUGACUCUGGGAUUACCAUGUGCCCUUAUAACUGUACGCACCAUACGCAGGGGCAGACCGAAUUCGCGCUCGAAGAGCCACGUGCGAACUAAGCGAGCGUUGAGAUGUCUUCUGGUGGCGGUGGUUCUUUGCGCCGCUAUGAACACUGCGACCUUAGCUUCGAUAGGAUACCACAUCAGUAUGAGGCGAGAGACGCUGGUCGACGUCUUCAACGCCUCUAUGCGACUGUACGUCAGCGUGGCGUCUUACAAAUAUGCGAUUGACGAGAUUCAAUUUGCGCUGCAGUGCUGCGGUCACACCUCUUACACCGACUGGUUCCGCUUCGACUGGCAGAAGACGGAUUACGCAUCUGGAGAGGAGAUGACAGUACAGGACGGAAUCUCGGACGAGGACUACAGAGAUCGCGGAGUCCCCUUUAGCUGCUGCAAUCUGCACGCGAUGGGACCGUGUACGCACACGGAGAUGACGGAUGACGAAACGAUAAACGUGAACGGUUGCGCGGAAGUCAUCAGCCCCAUUCUUCUCAGGAUCGUCAUAGUCGCUUAUGUCAUGACUAGCACUUUAAUCGUCACUCAAGUGCUAUUAGCCUUCUUAAUCGCCAGAAUGACCAGUAAAUUCUUGCCUCUUCCAUCGUCUUUUCCUCGCGCGAGACGAUCGAUCGCGCCGUUCACCAUUAUAAACACACUCCCAAGGACCUACGUGCCACGGUUUUCCUCGAUGAAGAAAUCCGCCUGGUACAGGAGACCAACAAACGCCCGUCCAUCAUCGACGAACGAUGCCUGCAUCAAGGAAAACCGGAAAGCUAAGCCGCCCGCGGCGAGGUGCAGUUGUCCUAAUUUGAAUCGCUGUAAUACCUGGGAUGUCGCGAAGAUUAAGCCGAGCGUUCACGAGGAGCACAGAGUAUCCGUGAAACGCCUUCGCAGCAAGCACGUGCGUUGAAAUUCCUUUGUGCUAAUUAUCUGCAGAU